GGCGCAUUUGACGUUAAGUUGAGUUCUUUUUAAAUAAUCUUCGGAGAUUGAAGUUCAAAACUUGACACGUAUAUCAGCAAGAUGACAAAAGUGACAUACAAGCUACUGAUUAAGACAUCAAAACUGUAUGCAGAAGGUGCAACAGAUUCAAAUGUCUCUGUUCAACUAGUUGGCGAAAAUAAAUCUCAUACAGAUUGGCACACGCUUGACAAAUUUUGGCGAGAUGAUUUUGAACAAGGAAGAACAGAUGAAUUCACGAUAAACGACAAGGAAGUGGGAAGAGUCUUGUUUGUAAGAUUCCAUCUAAAGCAUGGUAGCACAGAAAAGGAUUUGUGGGCAUGUGACAACGUAAUAAUCUAUCAUGGUAACUACGUUGAUGAGUUUCCGCUGUACGAUUGGGUUGUUGAUAACUCUGUAAUUGUACGAGGUGAAGGACUGAUUCCUCAAAAAAUAACGUCCGAGAAAUUGCUAAAGACUAUUAAAGAGGAACGAGAAAAUAAUCUACAUAGAUUUGCUUGGAUUGAAAAGGCAAAACCAGGAGACCCCGGGUGGAUGAUGCCUAGAUUUCCACCUGCAAAAGAUUUACUCAAUGUGCCCCAUCAAUUGAAAAUGGCUGACGCAAGAUUUGAACACAUGUCUGAAAUGAGAAACGUAUCGAAGUUUAACGCUCUUGUCGAAAAGUUACAAGGUUAUUUGUUUCCGAUUAAAAAGCUGGAUGAUUACAAGAAUCUCUUUAGUGGAUUCAGAAUUUCUGGAGAUUUGCUCCCGUUCAUUGAAAAAUGGGAAGAAGACGAAGAACAAGGACGACAGAUGUUAAAUGGUGCAAAUCCUUUUGCAAUAAGUCGUUGUACAGGGUUACCAGAAUAUUGUAAAAUUACAAAUACUCAUGUAGAACGGCUUUUAAAUGACGGUAAAACUUUGAAGGACGAAAUUAAAAUGGUGCUGCUUUGGCAAGGCAUGUUUUCAAAGAUUUCGACUUUGACAAUCUUGUCCUCCCAAAUUUGCUGAAGAAAAAAAGGUCUUGAUGACUACAACCUUCUGCAGAACUAUCAUUACAGAGAUGAUGCCACCGCGUUGUGGAGCACAAUUGAAAAAUAUCUUUCAAAAGUCAUCAAAAUAUAUUACAAGGCAGAUGAGG